AUGGAUGUUCAAGUUGGUCGAGAAGGCCUCAAGCUGAUGACAGACCAAGAGUUGCAGCACUUGGCCCAGAGCGUCCUCAAGCUUCAUUGUCUUUGCAGUCAUCCAAGCAAAAGAGCUUUGAUGAAGACUCUAGCUGGAAGAGGAGCUGACGGCCGAACCCUUGCAGUUGCGGAGAAGCUCAACUGCCAAGAAUGUCUUAAAGGUCAAAUGACCAAGCCCUCUGUGAAAGUCGCCCUGGAGAAGGAGGAGACUUUGUGGCGAACCCUGCAGAUGGACACCUUCUACUUCAAGUUUGGUGACCAGGUUCAUCACUUUUUUCUCAUGCUGGAUGAGGCAAAUUUUGCAGCAGUGCUGGUUCCAAUACUUUGGGAUGCCCCAUCGCAUCCGCUGCGAUUUGGAAGGCGCCUUAGAGGCAAGUUGCUGGAAACUUUCUGCAAAGAGCGCGGCAUCGAGCUGACUUUUUGCCCUGCCGAGCAACAUGAAAUCAUCGGUGAUGUGGAACGAUCGGUGGGCGAGCUCAAGAAGAAGAUGGCUGCCUAUCUUCGACAAGAAGCAGAAGCUUCACCAGCCGAUGCUGCAGCAGAAAUGUGUGGUGCUCACAGCCGCUUCGCACGAGUUGUGGGCUUUUGGCCGAGAUGUGACCCAACUUCUGAGAUGCACCACAGUCUUCAAGUUCGGCUUCGUGCAGAAGGUCGCUACAGAGAGCUCCAAGCCCAAGCCAAGAUCUCACGAGCUCUGAAUGCCAAGGUCCAGAAAUCAACUCGGUUUAUUCCUGGCGACUUGGUCUACUACAAGCGCUUCAAAACACCAGCAGACACUCCUGCUCAUGCUCUCCUUGACACACCCAACAUGAAAGUGUCAAGAUGGUUUGGACCUGGACGUGUUUUGGCGUCCGAAACCCGUGUGCUGGAUGAAGGCGUGGACGCCCUCCUGGAUCUCAACAAGCCCAAGAUCAAGGUCCCACGACUUUCAGCGGAAGCUACUUCCUCAGGUCAACCAUCUCAACCUGCAAACCUUCCAGAACCUGUCCAACCUGACGUGAUCGACUCCCAUGAAGAGCUGAUGCCUGAUGAUGAUCUACAUGUUCAAGUUCAACCUGGUGCUGUUGGACCUCAACCUCCUGAUGAAGUUCCUGAAGAAGAGAUGGGACCUCCUGAUGUCAAUGUGGAUCGACUUCUGGUGGACCCAACCUCCUUUCCCAUGCGGAUGAUGGAAGCGGAAGAGCUGAAACGGCGAAGGAUUGAGUUCGCCAACCAACGGCGAUCACAUGAACUUGCUGAUCGACCUCUACAUGUGAUGCGACAGCUUGGUCGUCCUGAACCUGCACCUGAUGCCUCCAACUACUGGGUCAUCGAUGAGAAAGAGGAUGAUGUUUUUGGUGUCAUCAUCGACAUGCCCAGUGAUGAAUCUGAAUGGAAAAAGGCGCUGAAGAACCCAGCCAAGUUCGCAGCCAAGGCAGUUUCAAAAGGAGCUGAAGUUGCGUGGCACAAGCUCAACGCCACACAGAGAGCUGCAAUGGCAGAAGCAAAGCAAUUGGAAGCUUCUUAA